AUGACCCAGACCCUCGACAACAGGGAGGACCCUCUCAACCUGGGCGGCGGCUGGGCGUCCUCCGCCCCCUUGGGUACCUGGUCUACCUGCCACCGAAGGCGCAGAGGCGCUCCCAUAAACCAGCGGCGCCACCGCUAUGGUCCCAAGUCGGAGUAUGAGCCCCCCAGGAAACAGCCAAAGCAACAGCACGGUCCGGGCCCUUGGUUCCAACCACCCCGACGGCCCUACUGGGCCGUGUACUCCAACUGGGGGCGCUGGGGAGAGCCCUGGCGCCCACCUCCGGCCAGAUUCUGGAAGCCUCCCGGCCAAGUGCAAGUGAUCCGGGUGUUUGGUGUGCACCCGCUCUGCCUCUGCUGCUGCUCCUGCUGUCGCGGGCCUUGGAACCCCGGCUGGGCGAGGCCCCCCGGCAGGAAGAAGCGCUGGGGCCGCAGGGGCCGUGGCCUGCGCCGCCACCCUCGCCGCUCCUUCCCGAGGAGCCCGCCCGUGGAUCUGAGCACGCUGCUGAGGCCGGUCAACCUGUACGGGUGGCGGGCCCCGGGCAUGCGGGCGCCGCGCAACACCACCCAGUUCAUCAUGAACCAGAUCUACGAGGACAUGCGGCAGCAGGAGAAGCUGGAGCGCCAGCAGGAGGCGCUGCGGGCGCAGGAGGCGCAGGCGCGCGGCGCGGCCUCCCCCGGGGGCUCCUCCGGGAACGACGCGCCCCCCAGCGGCGGCGAGGAAGAGACGGAGCCGCGGGAGACCUUGUACCCCUUUGCGCAGAAUCCCUCUCUGGGCUUCAGUCCCGACCCCGACGAGGAGCACGGGUUUCCCGCCGCACAGUCUGCGGAGGAGGAGGACGACGACGACGAGAGGAGGGAGGAGGAGGAGUGUGACGAGGAGUGUGACGAGGAGUGUGACGGGAGGGAGGAGGAGAGCGAAGAGGUGGAGGAGGAGGAGAGCGAGGAGGAGGAGGAGGAGGAGGAGGAGGAGAGCGAAGAGGAGGAGGAGGAGGCAGAGGCCAGAGAUGAAGAGGAGGUCGAAGACGCUGACUGCGCGGAGGAGGGGGAGGAGGACGAAGAGGAGGAAGAGGAAGAGGACGAUAUAGAAGAGGAAGAGGAGGGGAUGGAGGAAGAGGAGCCGAGAGAGGAAGAGAAUCCUUUACCUCUAGAAAUGCCUUUAUCAUUCCUAGUGGGGGCUGAGGAAGAGAGAGAGAACUUUAUAAACUGUCCUUAUUUAAGCCCCAAGCAGAUGAUUCCCAAAGUGCCCCAGGAAGCGCUCCUCAUGAUAGACGACAUUAACUGUUAGACCUCAGGAAAGGGAUUGAGAAUGGGAUGGAACUGAUUUAAGGCUAAAAUGGAUUAGCAACCUAUUAAAAACUAAUUAAAAAGUGAGUUCCACUAAUAAACAUACCUAUGUAAACCCCUUCUUUGGCCAUUAUAAAAUGUUGAAAAAUUGGUGUGUUUCUUUAUGACUACGGGUGGGGGAGGGGGAGCUUUCAAAUGCAAUUUAAUUGGACAUGAUUAAAGGCCAAAUAUUUUAUUACUGCAGUUUGAAUAGUUUCAUUUGGUGUUUUCCCUCUCUAGACACCUGAGACUUUUUUUUUUUUUUUAAUUCUGGCAAU